ACUUAAGGUCCUGUCCCCCGACGACAACGUGGUGAAGUGGUUUGAAGAGGAGAGCAUUCCGUAUGGCUACUUUCACACCCCCGUCGCCGAACUGUAUUGGCUGGUGAGCACUAACCGCCAUACGAACAUGCCCGUCAAGUUUCUCAUUUCCGAAGACCUCAUCGACCAAGCCUGCGAAGUACUCACUCGCCAUGGGCUGGUCGCAUGCCCCUACGGAGAUGACUGCCAGCUGACCCGCUCACUGGCCCAGAUCCCCAGCUCGGCGGAUCAUUACCAUGCGGCUCUGCCAGCCGGUGCGGGCGCUCAAGGACCCGGAUGCAAUGAAUCUUGAUGAGGAUAUCCCCUCCUUCCCCCCGCCAGGCAGUGCGGGCGCUCCUAACGAUGCCUACGGCCUGACGAUCCUCCUCUACCCGCAGGAGGACCUCUUCUGGUUCUUCUCCACCCCGCCUCGCCGGACCGAGCUCGAAAACAGCCAUUGCUACAUUGAAUCGCGUGAGCCCAUCAUCUGCCGGCUCUGGAACUGCCCCGUGGUCACCUACACGCAGCGGACGUGGGCGGAGACGGUGCUGAUCAACCUGAGCCGCGACCUGGCGACGCGCGCCGGCGUGCCGCAGGCCUACUGGCACGCCGAGCUGAAGCACAUCGCCAUGUUCUGGUACAACGACCACCCGUCCGCGUCCCAGAAUGGAGACUCCCAGGUCGACCUGCAACCUCGCAACAUGAUCAAGCCAUACAGCACCAUCCUGAGCCUGUUCCGCGAGGCCCUGUGGUUCUACGACCAGGACGGAUUCUCGGACGCGGUCAAGGCGGAGUUUCGGGAGAUGUUCGACGAGCUCGAUCUGAUGGGACUGUUCCCGCCUGGCCCUGGGUUGCGUGUCGAUCCCUGCACCGACCACACCUUUACAGGGCACGGCCCGAUUCCUGCGUAUUUGGCGCCGUCGGUGGCGGGCAUUCGUCGGGACUUCCAGUCGCGACGGGAUGGUUCGGGUUGAGCCACCGUCGCCUUCUUUCUGGUGGGUCACCUUUUUUACGGACAAUACAAUGCAAGUGUAGAAUACAAGGAGGCUCAUCUCAUAGGGGUCGUUCAUAUAUCCGUUCAUUCAUCCAUUUUAUCUAUAACAUACCAACCGCCCAAGCACAACACAAAUUCCACCAACCAAGUUCAGCCAACGGUCAACAACCGCUCACAAAACCCCCCAAACCCGCGCUCCUUAUCAUGCACAUGAAUCUCCAAGAUCCAAUGCCUCUCCCACCCCCCCUUUCCCUUCCCCCGCAUCCUCUCCCCAUUGCCCGGGGUAAUAUACAGACUGAUGCGAUCAUUCGGGAUGCGCUCAUGCGGAAAGCUGCCGAC